CCCAGACCAGCAUUUUGACAGAUCCUUCUUUCUGGAUUAAUCUUACACAAUUAUUUUUGUCAACGUGUUACAGAAAAACGCCGAAAACUCAACACAUUGCAUAUAAUUUACCUUGUUAACGUUGUAUUGCUCGGUGCGAAGCCAGCAAAAAUAAAGUUUCAUUCACUAACCCACCGAAAAAGUGUUCUAACCUAAAUAAUUCUAUUUAUAAUUCCUAAAUUUGUAAUCGUCAAUUUCGUACAAAAUGAAAUUGCAGGCAGUAUUUUUAAUAUUCUUUGCAUCAGUCGUAGCAGUAAACAGCUUAAAACAAGGAGAAUGUGAAGUAUGCAUCAAAACUCUGGACAAGUUUUCGGCCACGUUAUCAGAAGAUGUGAAAAAAGACCCUAAGAAAAUAGAGGAACGGUUUAAAAAGUUCUGCAAAGGAUUAAAGAACAAGGAGCAUAGAUUUUGUUACUACCUUGGAGGAUUAGAAGAAUCAGCAACCGGAAUCCUUGGAGAAAUGUCCAAACCUCUGUCAUGGUCAAUGCCUUCAGAUAAAAUCUGUGAAAAGCUGAAGAAGAAGGACAACCAGAUUUGUGAGCUGCACUAUGAUGUCGAGAUUGACCUGAAGACAGUAGACCUGAAGAAACUGAAGGUGCGGGAUCUUAAGAAGAUUCUCAAUGAUUGGGGUGAGGAAUGUGGAGGGUGUAUAGAAAAAAGUGAAUAUCUCAAGAGGAUAGAAGAGCUCAAAUCCAAGCAUACAGAGUUGUAGGAUGACAGUACUGUUUUAGUGACAAUUGUGACAGUUUUUCUAUUGAUGUUCCGAAAUGUGAUCUAUGAUGUGUUUGAGAUUACAGAAUAAAGGACGAUGGCAGGUUCCUCUAGGAUUCAUUUAUCACUCGAUUUUCCAUUUAAGUCAUCACAAUUUAAGUUAUUGUAUUUAUGUGCUGUACAACAUAAAAGAUUGAUCAUUCAUUGACUAAUUAGUUUAUGCACUUUUUGUAAUGUCAAACAUAAAGCAAUUGAGGGUAGAGUACCUUUGGCGUGUUUUUGAUGCAGAGACAUACUUUGUUGUCUAAUAUUCUGACAGUUUGAGUUUACUGAAAUAUUGUGAUUUUACAGUCAUUCACAGGAUGUUGCCUAUGAAUGAUUGGUCAAUAUUGGAUGGUAAUUUAUAAAGUUUUAUUUAUUAUAUUUAUAAUAAAACCUUAAUGAAUUA